AUCCUGCGAGAUCAUUUGCGCGAGAAAAGAAAGGAACGGCUGGCAGAGGAGAUCGCAUUGGAUCGAAUUCAGAACGCAGAGGGCGAAUCAGCGGUGCGUACGCCGAAGAAGAAAGCGAGCGCCAGAUCUCAAAGGAAGAAGGUCAGAACUACACCCGCGACGGUUGAUCACACAACGACCCAUGAGAACAUAACCACCACCACCACCACUACCACUACCACUACCAUCGGGCAACAGGGAGAAAGCAGCACUCUAUCACCAAACGCACCUCAGAUGGUUCAUGUAGGAGAUGUCCCGGGUGACGCACAGGCACACCAACCGGUGACUGGGGAAGACGCCGAUAAAGGCACCAGCCCACACACACAAGACAGUACGAGAGUACACGGGAUUGUACAGACACAUCUGAAUGCGGGAACACGCGGUGACCAGCACACGGUGCGAGACACAGAAACGGCGGUCGACUCUGCGCGGGCGAAUGAGACGGAGGCGGGGGGUGAAUAUGGGUGCAUGUUGGGACCUAUAAAUAGGCCUGCAACCAAGCCUGGGCAGGAGGGUCUGAUGGACGUGGACGUGGAAACACAGCAGGCUUUGCUGAACAGUUUGGGUAGACAGCCCUUGAUUAUGGCGUCUGAGGCACCAGACGCGACUGCGUGCACUGGGGUGUGGGCCACGUUGAAUGGUUCAGGUACAGCUGUAGCUAGUAACGCUGCAGGGAACGCGUAUGAAGUAAACGUGCACGAGCGGGCAAGUGCUAUGCUGGAAGAUAAGACCCAAUUGGGGUCAACCCGGGUCCAGUCAGCGACUGGGAGGGAGCCUCAGAAUCCGGACAGAAAAAUGGACCAGGAGUCCAAUUCGGGACGGGACAGUGCCAAUGAAUUGAUCAAGAAAAAUGCCACAGACUCAGACCAGGAUACAAUCCAAAACCUAGUUCAGAACAUUGUCCCAAAUUCAGGACAAAACAACCCUGUUAUCUCGAGGUCCAACGGAGCUAGUGAGAUUACUUCAGAGUUGUCGGGUACCGAACAGGCCAACGCACGAACCAACACGCCCAUGGGUGUGGACGCACUCACAAGCAUUGAUUUGCACACUCCAGUGGAGACACAUACCGAUACAGAUACACACGCCCACAAGGACACACACCCUCUCACACAAACACAUAGGGACACGCACACAAGCAUAGAUGAACGGCCGAAUACCAACACACAGCCACACGUGACCACACACACACACACACACACACACACACACACGCAGACAAGUGCGGCCCAGGCCAUCAAUUACACAGGUGCACGCCACAGGGGCAGUGACAGCACCAAGCACAGGGCACAUGUGGGGGAGUCUACACGGCCACAAGCACACGAAGCACACCCUAAUGACAUGCGACAGAGAGCGAAUGGACCACAACAGACACGGGAUACGGUGACGGAAGAAGCUGCGAAGGUUCCGGGUGCAGAAGACGUAUCGAGGACGGAAAACGGAUUCAGGGCAGUUGGCGUAUCUGGUGCAGAAGACGUAUCGAGAACCGAAAACGUAUCACCGGCUGAGGAAUUGGUGACUGCAUCGAGCGGCUCUAAGCUGAGAGAGACAGAGGUCGUGCAAGCACCAGUCACCUCUAUUCCGGACACUAGCACCCAACUACACUCACACAACGACACCCAAACAGCCACCCCCGCUGUGCCCACCGAAUCGAAGCCCCAUCGGAUGGAUUGUAAGCGUCUGUGUACGGUCAUGGGAGCGGCCCCGCAUGCCUUCCAGGUGUUUUCGUAUGCGCUCGGGGUGGUCUAUCCAGAGUUCAAUCAGCUGCACCUGCACCAUGCAGCGGUUGCCGAGUGGACCGCGCUGCAUGACAAAGAGAA